AUGGCCGAAGGAAUUAUCAAGACGGAGCCCAGUCUGAGCAUCACCCAGGAUGGCAUCACUUUUGGAGUAGAGACCUCCCUGGGCAAAUUACCUAGGCCAGCAGGAUCCUCCAGACCACCUUCCCAUUGGUCCAAAGACCAUGGGCAGGAGUAUCUCGGUGAUCUGAACGGCGCUUUCGACUUGGCAGCUCAUAUUAGAUCAUCCCAGUGGCUAAAUAGCUACGAUCUUUAUAGACUGAAAGAUAGCAUCAGAUCGAAAUUGUGCAGUGUAUGGAAAGAUGAUAUUGAUGAUAUCGUUAAAACCAGUGUUGUCGUGAUGGGUUCAGAAAGGGGUGUGAAGAUUGAUAAACCUCUAACUGAUGGAGAGUAUACUACUGCACCGAAAAUCGAUUGGUCACGAGCUUUGACGGGAUCGUACCAUUUCUCAUCUGCAGAUAAGCCGAAAUAUCAUGAUACCGAUAUGGAACGUUUCCACUCAUGGAACUGGCAAGAUAACCAAGACAAUGUCAAAGAAGAAACGCUAAGAAUUCCCAUAAAGUUCUCGAAAGAUAUGUUAAGAACUGCCAUGCAUACCUCUCGAGACAUUCAAGUCCCUAGUCAUACCAUGGUAGUUACCUAUCCUUGGUCUCAAGGUGAUUAUAUCGAAGAUAUCGAUAAUUUGGUAUUCGAUUUUGAUUCAACUCGCAGGAUGUAUGGUCAAGCGAGAUCCGAGAAAAAUGGAUUGAACGAGGAAGAUCGGAUGAUACUCAGCCAAGUUGUUAAAUCGGCCUACACGCUCGCUUCUCGUAUCAGAGCACAUGAAUCUGGGGGCGAAGUCGAGACCGGUAAAGGUCUGUACAGAAAGGACGAUUUGAAUCGUGUUAUGAGUAAGUUGACGAGUCUUAAUGGACACACUGCCCAAAGGGGUAGAAGAUUAUCAUAUUUCAUAUCGGAUGAGGAGGGUGCCGCAACGAGGCAGAUCGAUCGUGAUGAUGAGUAUGAUCGAUGGAUUUGGAAAAACUUGUCCGUGGCAUCUGUUGACCAUGCUGGACCUGCACAACCAAUCGAUUUAGAGACAAUCAAGAGACUGCGGGAGAUCAGUGAAGGGUCUCAAGCUACCUUCGAUCAUCUGAAACAGUCUGAAGAUGGGCUCUCAGUGGCUGAUUAUAUACUGAGGUUGUAUUCUCUGGAUGACCGUGAGAAAGAUUUAGUUGCUGAUUCGAUGCUGUGCGGGAACAUUCUUGAAGAAGUUGCGGAUGGGGCGGAGUGA